GACCUAGGGAUAGAAGUGGCCAUGUUGGCCAAACUCAGGCGCAAAUAGUACACUCUGCUGCCGUGCAGACGGAAAACAUAGCGGUCAUUGUCGUCGGUUGUAUCAGAAACGAGUGACGAAAGACUUUUCCCCGUAUAGUUGGCGAGCUUGGUGAACAGCGUUCUUGUCUCGUCUGGAAGGUGAAAAUGCUCAGUAUCUCAUGCGCGAGGAAAAGAAGCAGAUGAUCGCACUAACCUUCGGUGAGUUGACGCAUCUUGAAACUUUUUGGCAAUUCGCGAUGCCGAAAUUCAGAUACUGAAAAGUCGCAAGAGUGAAACCUGCUGGCUAUCAAGAACCGAAUAUCCUUGAAAGUCAAAAAAUCUACGGAGAGUAGGCGGUGGAGCGGUAGCUUUUACCCGCUGGGUCCUAGCGCCGCAGAAAAAAAAAUAAGUCAACCCGCGCAGCGAACUUGCACGACCCCAGAGAAAUACCCCAGGCACGUCAAGAUGGCUCCUGGACGCACAAUCAAACGGAGACGGGUUAGCCCUCCUGGAGAUGAAGAAAAUGUUUCCAAAUCCUCGGGUGGCGCAUCCGUGAGCGAUUUCUACAGCCAUGCCGCCGAAUGGGACCUCGAACAGGACUAUGAGCGCCGGCCGCGCAAAUUAGGCAAGAAAGACAAGGAACGAACCAGGUUGCCUAUCAAAACGGCAGAAGGUCUACAGAAUGUGGAGGAGCCAGAACCUGAGGCGGAAGAAUCUGACAGCUUUCUGGGUACCGAUGACGACGAGGAGAUGGAAGAUGCGAACCCCGAUGACGAAGAGGACGAGGAGGAGGCCGAAGAGACACCCAAGAUCCCAAUGAAGCAACAAAUCCUUCAAGCCAAGGAGGAUCUCGCAAGAAUCGCCACGCUUAUCAACGAAGAUCCCGAGGAGCAUCUCCCCCUGUUCAAAACGAUGGCCGAAAUGGUGGAUAAGGGAGCACAUGUUGCGAUUCAGAAACUGGCCCUCGCAUCGCAGGCUGCGGUGUACAAAGACGUGAUCCCUGGAUACCGGAUUCGCCCUCUCAGUGAAGAAGACAUGUCCGCGAAAGUCUCCAAGGAUGUGCGCAAGCUUCGGUCGUUCGAACAAACUCUCGUCACGAACUAUAAGCAUUACGUUCAAAAGCUGGCGGAACUUACGAAACCGGCCAAGAAGGAUGGUGUCCAGGUGGAUUCAGGAUUGAAGAGCAUUGCGAUCAACUGCGCUUGCAACCUGCUCCUUUCUGUACCCCAUUUCAACUUCCGUACCGAGCUCCUGAAGAUUCUCGUCAACCGCCUCGCCCGGAGGCAAGUGGAUGCCGAUUUCGUCAAGUGCCGCGAGACAAUGGAGGAAGUCUUCACAAAGGAUCAGGAUGGAGUUGUGUCGCUUGAGGCUGUCCGCAUGCUGUCGAAGAUGAUGAAAGCGAAGGAAUUCCGCGUACAUGAGAGUGUGCUGGAUAGCUUCCUCCAUCUCCGUCUGCUCUCUGAAUUCUCCCGCAAGGCAUCAAGAGACAGGAUUGAUCGCGAGGAACCGGAGGAGGCGACGCAGCUCGGUAAAAAGCCAAAGCAGAAGCGGGAGUUCCGCACCAAGAAGGAACGCAAGGUCCUAAAGGAGCGCAAAGCUGUCGAGAAGGAUAUGAAGGUGGCUGAUGCCUUGGUCUCCCACGAGGAACGGGACAAGAAUCAGGCAGAAACACUGAAGCUUGUCUUUGGCAUCUACUUCCGCAUCCUGAAACUCCGCAUCCCAACUCUCAUGGGUCCUGUUCUCGAGGGUCUGGCCAAAUACGCCCACUUGAUCAACCAGGACUUCUUCGGUGACCUGCUUGAAGCUCUCAAAGACCUGAUAGGGCAUGCCGAUCAAGACGCGGAGGAGGAAGAGGAGGAGGCAGAAGAUACCGACGACAUGGAACCAGCGACGACGCGCGACACGCACCGGGAGGCUCUCCUCUGUACCGUCACUGCCUUUGCCCUUCUGGAAGGACAAGACGCUAGCAAAGCAGCAGGUGCACUGCACCUGGACCUGAGUUUCUUCGUCAAACACCUCUACCGCUCUCUCUACACCCUCUCCAUUAACCCCGAUGUCGAAUACAACCCCGAUAAAUCCCUCCGACUUCCCGACCCGAAUUCCGCCGAAGCCAACACGACGUGGCGACCCAGGAAGAAGGUCAACUUCCAGACGCCCACGGUGCUUCUCCUCCGUUGUCUGCAAUCUACCCUUCUGUCUCGUGCACACGGCAUAGCCCCUCCGGUCCGACUCGGCAGUUUCUCCAAGAGACUCAUGACGACCUCGCUUCAGCUGCCCGAGAAGUCGGCUCUUGCGACUCUGUCGCUCAUGAGCCAGGUCGCCAAGCACCACGCCCGUCGGAUCGCCUCCUUGUGGCACAGUGACGAGCGCAAGGGGGACGGUGUUUACAAUGCGUAUGCGCCAGAUAUCGAGGCCACCAACGUCUUCGCGGGGACAAUAUGGGAAGGCGAGUUAUUGCGCCAGCAUUACUGUCCUCAGAUCCGAGACGCUGCUCUAGAUAUCGAGAAGAUGAUUGCGACACGGAAAUAGUGCAUUGUUAUUUAGCGGGUUAAUUUUCAAAGUUUUCAUUACGGUCCACGCCGUUUCUUAAGUCCAUAACCAUCCCUUCCAUCACGAGCAAGAUUUACUCCUCCUUUACUUGCAUAGACCUCCGAUUCCCGGUAAAGAAAACAUUCGCA